UUGGUUAAACUUGCGUCGCCCUUGACAACUCGAGAUACUAUUAUAUGUCAAAACCGCACGUGUUGUGGCAUCUUUGACAAGUUUACAAUUGAUAGGUUAGUUUUUAGUUUACAAAAUGAGUUUUACCGUACGAAAGAAAGUUGUAGAAGAAGGUGAUACUAUUAUUUUGUAUCUAAAUGUAAAUAAUUUGCAUGCAAUUGAAGUAGCUACGCAUGCCAAAAAUAAAAAGAAUCAACUGAUAGAAAAAGUCUUCCAGACAAGUUUUGGCGCUCUAAAAAUAAAAGACCUUAUAGGGCAUGAGUAUGGUACAAAGGUACAACUAUCCCGUGGAUGGGGUUACGUCUUACAACCAACUCCCGAGUUAUGGACUGUUACUUUACCUCACAGGACACAAAUAAUCUAUACUCCUGAUAUAAGUAUGAUUAUAUUUCAGUUAGAAAUAAAAUCUGGCAGUACUGUUAUUGAAUCAGGCACUGGUAGUGGUUCUCUCUCUCAUGCAUUUAUCAGAGCUGUCGCUCCUCAUGGGCAUCUUUAUACAUUUGAUUUUCAUGAAGUUAGAACUGUACAAGCAAGAGAGGAAUUUGAAAACCAUGGUUAUUCAAAAUAUGUAACGGUCACACAUAGAGAUGUAUGUGGAUCAGGUUUCUCUCCAGAAUUAAAUGGUAAAGCUGAUGCCGUGUUUUUAGAUUUGCCUUUGCCUUGGGAAGCUAUUGAACAUGCCACAAAAACGUUUAAAGUCACAGGUGGACGAUUUUGUUCAUUUUCACCAUGCAUAGAACAGACACAAAAGACAUGCAAUGUUUUGACACAAUUUGGGUACUCAGAGAUCACAACAAUGGAGAUACUACAAACUGAUUACAAUGUUAUUACCAGAUCAAUGCCUGUUAUGAAUUUAGAUAUUUUAAAACUAAAGAAAACAGAUGAUGUGGAUGAUGAAAAUGUGAAAGAUAAAGAAAAGGAAGUAAUAAAAAUUUUAACAGCUGCGACUCCUGUGACACAACCCGGACACACAGGAUAUUUGGUGUUUGCAACUUAUUUACCUUCGUGGGCUAGAUGAAAUACGUAUUCUUCCAAAUCAUUAGAUAAAGUCAUAAAUAUACAAAUAAUGGUUUAGUAAAUUUUAAUAUGGUUCUAUAUAAAAAUUAAAAUGGAAUAAUCUUACUCUUGUGUUGUGUAAA